AUGACAAACUAUUUAGAAUUUUUUAAAAUAUGUGGAAAAUUAAAACACGUUAAAAGAACAGGUUGGGUGAAUAAUGGAGUUCAUUUACCGGAGUCAGUUUCAGAUCAUAUGUACCGUAUGGCAAUGUUUGCAAUGUCAUUAGAUAAAGAUACAUUAAUUGCAGAAGAUGGAAAUUUAAUUGAUAAAAUGAAAUGUUUAAAGAUGGCAUUGGUUCACGAUUUGGGUGAAUCAUUAGUCGGCGAUUUUACACCCCACGACAAAAUUACAAAAGAAGAGAAAUACGAGUUGGAAAAGAAUGCAAUGAUUCAAAUUACCAGCACAUUAGAUAAAGAAGUAGGUUCUGAAAUAUUUAAUCUUUGGCAAGAGUAUGAAGAUUGUUCAACUAACGAAGCUAAAUUGGUCAAGGAUUUUGAUAAAUUUGAAAUGAUCUUACAAGCUUACGAAUACGAACAACAACCACACCAAAAAGAGAAUAACAUAAGAUUACAAUCAUUUUUUGAUUCAACCAGAGGAAAAUUCCAUCACCCUUUAUUUCAAAAUUUAGCAACCCAAUUAGAAAAUGACAGAAAUAAAAAAUAA